UGGAGAUCCGGAUGGUGCAAAAGCAUGAACCAGAAACACUGCUUUUCUUUUUCCUUCAUUUCUUUUGCAUGAAAUUAAAGUAAUCUUUUCGGAGUGUCAUAUGGAAAGAUAGAUGGAUUUCUUGAGCUGUAUAAUAUGUCUUUGCCUCAUCUGUUUUAUGUUGAUCAAAACCUUCCAUAUAUUUCCUAGAAGCAAAGCAAAUCGCAAAAGGCUUCCACCGGGUCCAAAACCUUUUCCGGUCAUCGGAAACCUCUUAGAACUCGGCGAUAAACCCCACAAAUCCCUGACGAAGCUUGCCAGAGCUCAUGGCGCCAUAAUGAGCCUAAAACUAGGCAAAGUGACAACAAUAGUAAUCUCUUCAGCAGACAUCGCCAAACAAGUCCUCCAAACACAUGACCGGUUCUUGGCCGACCGGACCAUCCCGGACGCAAUCCGAGUCUACAACAGCGACGAGUUCAGCUUGCCAUGGAUACCCAUUUCAAGCCGCUGGAGGAGCCUCCGGAAAAUAUGCAGCGGCGAACUAUUCGCCAACAGAAUACUCGAAGCCAACGAAGAUGUCCGGCACAAGAAAGUGCAAGAGCUCCUCGCCGAAACUCGUCAGUGCAGCCUAACCGGCGAGGUGGUGGAUAUUGGGAAAGCAGCUUUCAAGACGACGCUUAAUCUCUUAUCAAACACCAUCUUUUCUGUGGACUUGGCCGGCCGGGAUCCCGACAAGGCCGGAGCGUUGAAGGAGCUCAUCUAGAAU